AUGGGGAAGGGCAUGGAAUGGCUUAAGGAUAUCUGUUCGGAGGCAAAGAAGGUCGCCCAGAGGUCAAGCACACGCCCCUCCGCCACAGCCGCGUCGACUUCUAAGCGACUAGUCGAGCCUCACGUCUCAAAUCAGCUUUGGCGGAAGUGCAGAGCUGCGGGGGUGAAAGCGUUCACGCUACCCGAGAAACCUUGGGUCUCUGCUCUCGCCGUAGACGUCGUGACGGACGCAGCCUGUUGCCUUGGAGCCAGCGAGACGCGGCUCGGCCUCUCCCGCUGUGGCGACAGUCCGCCACGGGCCGCAAUCACCAUGUCAGUGUUGGACGCUCUUUGGGAGGACCGGGACGUCCGCUUCGACGUGUCCUCACAACAAAUGAAAACAAGACCUGGAGAAGUCCUUAUUGACUGUUUAGAUUCAAUUGAAGAUACCAAAGGAAAUAAUGGGGAUAGAGGUAGACUCUUAGUAACAAAUUUAAGAAUCAUCUGGCAUUCUUUGGCAUUACCCAGAGUCAAUCUUUCUGUUGGUUACAACUGCAUAUUGAAUAUUACAACAAGGACUGCUAACUCUAAAUUACGAGGCCAAACUGAAGCUCUUUAUAUCCUAACAAAAUGUAACAGUACUCGUUUUGAAUUUAUAUUUACAAAUGUGGUUCCUGGAAGUCCUAGACUUUUUACUUCUGUGAUUGCAGUACACAGAGCAUAUGAAACAUCUAAAAUGUAUCGUGAUUUUAAAUUGAGAAGUGCGUUAAUUCAAAACAAGCAACUGAGAUUAUUACCACAAGAACAUGUAUAUGAUAAAAUCAAUGGAGUAUGGAAUUUAUCCAGUGAUCAGGGAAAUUUGGGAACUUUUUUUAUUACCAAUGUAAGAAUUGUGUGGCAUGCAAAUAUGAAUGACAGUUUUAAUGUCAGUAUACCAUAUCUGCAAAUUCGUUCAAUAAAGAUCAGAGAUUCAAAAUUUGGUUUAGCUCUUGUCAUAGAAAGCUCUCAGCAGAGUGGAGGAUAUGUUCUUGGCUUUAAAAUAGAUCCUGUGGAAAAACUACAAGAAUCAGUUAAGGAAAUCAAUUCACUUCACAAAGUCUAUUCUGCCAGUCCUAUAUUUGGAGUGGAUUAUGAGAUGGAAGAAAAGCCACAGCCCCUUGAAGCUCUGACAGUUGAACAAAUUCAGGAUGACGUAGAAAUAGACUCCGAUAAUCACACAGACGCUUUCGUGGCUUAUUUUGCUGAUGGCAACAAGCAACAAGAUCGUGAACCUGUAUUUUCAGAAGAACUGGGGCUUGCAAUAGAGAAAUUGAAGGAUGGAAUCACCCUACAGGGACUUUGGGAAGUAAUGAGUUGAUCUUGAGUUGAACUGGAUUUCUAAUUAAAGAUAUCUCAAGAUUAAAGAUACUAGUUGCCUGGUUUAAGGAACAGUAUAGUUUUUAUAUUUACAGAACAAGCUUUAAGAAAGAGUUUCUUAAUGAUUGAAGGGAAAACUCAUUUAUCUAAGAUUUUACUGCCAGUUUUCUAAAAAUUAUGUUUAAAAUUGUCAUUGAAAUGUACUAGUUUGUGAAUAUGUUUAUUUUGUAUAUAAUAUUUGUAAACUGUUAAUUUGUGGAUUCUGAAUGGCUGUAUCAUGUUGGGUUUAAUAAAGAACUUAAGUAGCACCGUUUAAUGUUUUGAAAAGUAUUAUUUCAAAGGAUAAGACUAUUCCUAUAGAAUAAUCAAAAUAGUGCUUUUCUAUUAUAAAAAUCUGGUUUAAAUAUAUUAUCACAAUAGUUCUAAAUGUGAUAAGCAAUUAAUAAAAUGCAACUAAGCAACUCUAAUCAAAAUGAUGACUUUUAAGCCUGUCAUCUUUAGGGGGACCAUUUUUGUAAAAACUAAAAAUUAUGUAAAGUUUUGGGCAGUAUUUUAUAAGUAAUUUAAAUAUAGUUUUGGCAGUAAUACAUUUAUUUUGUAAUAUGUAUUGAUUUUCUCCUUGUUUGCAUUCAUUGUAACUUCAUGAAGUUUUAAAAAAUAGGUAUUAUUUUCUGAUUUCUUAGUUAAGUUGGUGACCUCUCUGGCAUCAUUCACUGUUUUUUGUCUCUGCUUAAGUGUAAAGCAGCAUUGUAAGGAACAUUUGUCAAAUCAUUGGAAUUAGCCAAAUCAGCCUACUUUUUCUCCGGAGGGAAAGGAGUGGGCAUAUAAAAACAUCUAAAAUAAGAUGCAACUGUAUGUAUAACCAUGGACAUGUAGUACAACCCAUGGACUACCCUGGGUUUAUUAAAAAUCAAUGUAUAAAAGCUAUAAAUUGGUUUCAUCAUUUAAAUACAGAAUGAUUCCUAGAUUUUUAACGGAGGGAGUUAUAAUAAACAACCUAUGUGAGGAAAAAUUGGUUGGUUGAGAAAUUUAUUCGAGUCAGAAAUAAAAUAUACUUCCAAGAAUAUAAUUUAAAUACUACAUUUCAAGCAAAAGAAACUAUAAAAUUGCUAAGUACUAAGGAAUGAUCUCAAAUGUCAUAUCGUACUGUUUGUAUCUGACUCAUUAAUCUUUUCAAAUGUUAGGUGUAACAUGUAGAGAGAAAUGAGUCAUUUAUUGUUUAAACAAGGGAGCAGCUGGUAGUUUUUUCUAGUGUGUUAAAACCUUUAGUGGCAUCUAUAAAUGGAAAAAGAGUCAAUGAGCUCUUCUUUCAGCUGUUGUUUUAGCAGCUGACAGUACCAUUGACUUGACUGUGAUGUAAAAUAAAAGAAAAACUGUUACUCAUGGAUGGAGACCUUAAAGUUUAAAAAUAUAUAACUCCCUGGUCUGGGAGCGUUGACUCAUUUGAUAAAUAUUUAUGGAGCACUCACUAGGUGCUGGGGCUAUAACAUUGAACAAAACAGACCAAAACCAAAAUCCCUGUCUUCAUGAAACUUACGUUCUUGUGGGCAGGUUUAAGAAUACCAGCCUCUGAAAUUAUUGUGUUCCUGCAGUCCCACUGAGCUUAGGAAAUAUGACAACAUGAUUAUGUAACAACAUAUUUCAUGAAGAAUUAUACAAUGUUAUCUAUAUACAAAGAAGCCCUGGUGGCACAGCAGUUAAA